UAGAAGCGCGUGCUGCGCCCUUACAUGAAAGUUUGCUGCACGAGACAAGCCAGUUUGCUGUUGCAAGCUUCGGAGGUGCGGUUGUUGGUUACAUUAGCCGGUUCGCGGUGUUUUUGCUGUUUUUUUUUUUGAUUUCACGUUUUACAUUUUGACGUGUAAAAUCAAAAACAUUCGUGACAAAUAUGCUAAAGAAAAACAAUACCCGUGAAUGACGCGAGUGAUAAUUUUGUGCAUCUUUUUGUGCUGCAAUUAUAAUAGACUGAAUUUGAAGAAAAUUACUGCAAGAAAGUGUCGAUUUCUUCGAGGAAGCAACUACGAUCGCGGUGUCCGUUGCUCGUGGUGUACAUCGAGGAACGCAAAGAUGUAGCUCGAUCGACCGUCACCGUCGCGUGAUCAUCAAGAAUCGAAUACCACCGCGGUAACAGUGGACAUACUUAUCUAUAAUUAAACUAUAUAACGCUGACAGUGCACGCUUAUUCUCGCGUUGAAUACCAGUUGAGCAUCUGAAUCUCUACAAGAGCAAACAACGAUCUCCUCCUAUUUAUUCGAUGCCCGCUAAAAUAAUACUCGGCUUUUGAACGUUGGAAAAAGGAUCGAUCGGAUUCGAAAAAAAAAAAAAGAAAGAAAGAGGAGGAAUAAUAAUAAAAAGGAAUUGGAGGAUGGGGGGACACGCAGAGGGAGCGAGGAUCGCGUGGUCAGCGGCGCGACUUCCGUCGUGCCCGUGGAGAACGAGAUUCUUAGGCCAGCUGGCCUGAGAUAUGCCAGCAGCAACAGACUUGGUAAUCACGGAACCAUCGAGAACGGUGUCAUCCUCGUCAUCGUCACCCUCGUCCUCAUCGUCAUCGAGGCUCGGAACGGAAACGGCGAGGUGUUCUGGGGGCGGUAUCGGUGGCCGACAGCUGGCGGCAGAGAUCGAGACGAUCGAGCGCCGGGUCUGCGCGACCCGACGCGACCUCUUCGUACCCGUGACCGUCGAUCCUCGGCCCAGUCGGGCCGUCCACUGUCCCGAUCUAAACGCCUGUUUGGUGAACGAGUCCCGAUCCGGCCGCGACCAGAUCGAUUGUCAGGCGAUCCACUUCGGGUACGCGAUCCCCGUGAACGUGGUCCCCCUGGGAAGCGAUCCACGGCUCGCCGAGCUCGUCUUGGACCACUCGACCGAGUUGAGCAGACGUGCCGCGAGCUUCUUGCUUGAGCACCAUCCUCAGCUGCGUCAGCAGCGGCAGACACAGCGGGAGCGUUGCCCAAGCAUGGCGGCAACCGCGAAGCACGAUCUGCGACAGAAAUUUCCGACGGACACCUCGACGUCCGGUGACGAGGACAUCGCGGCGAUCGCGAAACAGAUCAGCGACCACGCGGAGGCCAUCUAUCAGACUUGGAAGAGCCGUGGGUUAGCUCCGACCGAGAUAUUGAACUGUCACAGCAAUGCCACGGCAGCGGACAAGUUCGGAACUGCUCUCACGCCGAGUUCCGCGUCGAACACCGCGAACAAUACUGGGAAGAGUUCGCCAACGAGCGGUACACCGGCUGUCGAUAUACUGAGCCAAACGCCGAAUCUCGAUAACGGAAAUUUGGAGAAGCUGGUGAACAAUUUCGUGGUGGAGGACAAAGCCAGGUUAGCCGCGUCGAGGCAGAGGUCGCCGUCAAAGACUCUACCCUCGUCGAUACAGUUCGCGCUAGAGAAGUUCGAGAAGAACUCGAUGCAGCAACAACAGCAACCGCAGACCUCACCGUUGAAGAGCAGUAACGCGGUUGGCGGAGGUCAAGGGAAGGCGAAGCAAGCAACUAUUCUGUUGUCCCCGACCUCUCCGUUCACGAACAAACCUUCGCAGAUAGUGAAGCCUCAGGUUUCCCCGAAAACUCCCGGCGCGCAUCAUCGGGAAGUGUUUUUGGAAACUAUAGAGACUACUUUUCCCGCGGAUAUCACCCCUUCGAAGAUCGUGGUGCAGCAAAAGAGGCCAACGAGUACGGUGAUCGCCUCUCCCAAUCUCGACGAUUCCUCGACGAAUUCAGGUUUGACCACUUGGCCCCUGAAGAACAAGUUGAACGACAAUAAGAGAAUAACGGAUCCUUGUAGAUCGCCUCAACAGGAAAGCAAAUCGUUGCCGAACAAGGAGGAACAAAAGAGGAACAGCGGUUCUAAUUCGAGCGCGUACCUGGACGAGGUUGCACGCGAGGAGGAAAGACUGAUAAACGCUUUGAAGACGGGGUCGGUGAUCAGUGAGGAGCCCGUGGAGAGGACGGUGCCUUUGACUCGUCAGAAACCCGCGAUCAAGAGGGAGAAACCGAAGGUGGAGCCCGUUAAACCGAUAAUCAUCGGUCACAAUCAUCAUGGAAGCGGCCUGGUCCCCACUUCCGCCACUAUGGUGAACAACGUGACGUCCACGACACCGGGAAGCAACGCUGGUGCAACGUCGGACGCGAAAUCUCUGAGCAAGGAUGAUCUGUCCAACAUGUCGGUGGUGGAUUACGCGAAAGUCAGAUACAGAGCGGCUCAGCAAAAUCCUCCGACUCAACAGAGGUUGGAGGAGCAGAGGACGAACAACAACAACAGUUUCAAUUCUACGGAGCAGUUAGUGUCGACCACGAGGUCUAAAUUCGAGACGGAGAUACAGAAGGACAAGGAAGCGAAUAAAGAGGAGAAGGAUCCUGUCACGUCUAGAUGGGGGCCUAGAAUCAAUUCACCCAGGCCAAGAAUCGAACAAGUACCUCAUCCGGAAUUGACCACGCAACAGAAGCAGCAUAUUAGAGCUGCAGCCGCAACUGGAACCGGGAACAAUCCUAUCAGACCGUUUUUAACCAGGGGAUCCGUCGCUGAACGCGUAUUGAUCUUCGAGAAGUGCCCGAGCGAGCUUUUGCUCGACAAACGAGGGCCACGACAACCGGCCAUCAACACUUGGAGAACCGGACACGAAGUUCAAAACAAGGCUCAGACGUACGCGAAAGACAAGACACAGCAAAAGAGCUUGCCACCGCACACGACACUCCAGAGGCACGUGAAAGCGAACAGAAACGUUCACAUACCACGAUUUUACUUUCCCGGAGGAAAACCUUUGCCGUUAUCGCAAGUGGAGGCAACCAUCGCGAGGAUCACCGCUGCUUUUCAAGCUCUUCCCGGCCAUCGUGCGUCUCGAGCCCAAUUUCACGCUAUAACGAAGGCAUGCGACUUGCCGCUCUAUUGGAAAGUGCCGCUUUUCCUCGCGGCUGGCGGAGAUCAGACCGGCUACGUUGAGAUGAACGCGUUCCUUGAUUUUUGGAAAGAAGAAAUAUCGAACACCCACCACGACGCGGCGAGCAAGUUUAUUCGAAUCACAACCCGGGGCCAGAGGAACAAUAUACUGCCGGAGGAUUUGAUCCCCCUGGUGCAAGACGUAGUCGAGACCCAUCCCGGUUUAACUUUUCUCAAAGAGGCUACUGAGUUCCAUUCACGCUACGUACACACGGUGAUCGCUAGGAUAUUUUACUGCGUGAAUCGAAGCUGGAGCGGAAGAAUUUCCGUGGCCGAGUUGCGGAGAAGCAAUCUGCUCUCGGUGAUCGCGAUCCUCGAGCACGAGGAAGACAUCAAUCAAGUAACAGCUUACUUCAGCUAUGAGCAUUUCUAUGUGAUCUACUGCAAGUUCUGGGAGCUCGAUCGCGAUCACGAUCUCUUCAUCGACAAGACAGAUCUCACAAAGCAUAACGAUCACGCUCUUUCCAAACGUAUGAUCGCGAGAAUAUUCAGCGGCGCAGUGACCAGGGGUGGCGUGAAAAGCGGAAACGGCGUUCAACAGUCCCAGGAUAAAAUGAGUUACACGGAAUUUGUCUGGUUCUUGUUAAGCGAGGAGGAUAAAAAUCACCCGACCGCUAUUGAAUAUUGGUUCAGGUGCAUGGAUCUCGAUGGUGAUGGAUAUUUGUCGAUGUACGAAUUGGAAUAUUUUUACGAAGAGCAAUUGCAUCGUAUGGAGGCGAUUGGAUUGGAAACGUUGCCUUUCGAGGAUUGCCUUUGUCAGAUGUUAGAUAUGAUCAAACCGGAAAAAUCAGGAAAAAUAUCUCUAAGCGACUUGAAAAAGUGUAAAAUGACCUCAAUCUUCUUUGACACGUUCUUCAACCUCGAAAAGUACCUGGAUCACGAGCAGAGAGAUCCCUUCGCAUCUGCCAGAGAACAUGACCCUGAUGGUCACGAGCUGUCAGAUUGGGACCGAUUCGCAGCAGAGGAGUACGAAUUGUUGGUCACCGAAGAGAGUGGUAACGAGCAAAACGAGCAAAUGCUGUGUGAUGAUGAAAUGUAACCAUCAUCUACAGCUCAGCCAAACGAUUCCAUAUCGGAGGAUGCGUUUUCUCCAAACUUGGAGAUCCUGGAUGGUGAAUCCGUGGACAUGGUUCAAGGCACAGAUAUCCAGUUUAAAGGAUAUUCUGAUGAUAUAUCUACAAUUAAUCCAUUGGACUCUAUUCACCAGCAAUCGAAGAACCAAUAUUAUGACAAUGGUGAUAGCGACGAUUAUGCUGAGAGUGAUAAUUGAAUAAGGGAAAGUUGAACGUUAUUCGGAAAGAGAAAGCAAAGAAAGAGGGAAAUUAUCUCUAGACGGAAUUUAGUAGUUUAAACGCGUAGUUGUUUUCUAUAUAGUAAGAGUGUCGUGUAAUCUUUUUGUGAACAGUCGUAUAUUAUGAUAAAAUAAUUCUCGGCGAAUUAUUCAAUACGAAUCCAUUCGGUGAUUUAGUCUGAGUAACUUCUUUAAAAUACAAAAACAUUCAAGAAUAAUUGAUUUUAAUAUUCUAUCUUAUAUUUAGAAUUUAUUACUUCAAAAAGAUACCGAUGAAAUAAAACUUUGGAUGUUUUUUUUAAAUAUUAAACAAUUUUUAAUUGUUU